AUGAAGCUCGCCUGUUUGAUCGCAUCUGCCCUCGCUAACCGACGAUUCGAUGAGGACAAGGUCGUUUCCGUCGAUAAUCUCACCAUCGGCCAGAUCCAGACGAUCAAGACCUUGGAUCGAGUCAUGAACUUCGACUUCUGGUCUCCCGAGAGCGUCGACGAGCUCGUCCCCGGCGGCACUGCUGACAUCCACGUUUCCCGAUUCUUCGCCAACGAGCUCGAGGAUGCCUUCCGAGCCGCUGAUGUCGACUACGAGUUCACCAUCCAGAACCUCCAAGAACAAAUUGACAUCGAGACCAUGUUCUCUCGAAACCACGGAAAAGCCCACGAUCUUCUCCAGUACAAUGACUACGAUACCAUCAAGUCUUACUCUCAGUCUUUCGAUGGCUACUUCACCUACGGUUCUUCCUUCGAAGGCCGAGAUCUUUUCGGUGUCAAGUUCGGAACCGGAGCCAAGGUCAUCUCCGUCGACUGCGGUAUCCAUGCUCGAGAAUGGAUCUCGCCCGCCUACUGCCAGUGGUUCAUGAACGAAGCCAAGAACGGCCAGUUUAACCAGUACCUCAGCGAUGUUACCUUCGUCGUUAUGCCAUCCAUCAAUCCUGACGGCUAUGUCCAGACCUGGAAUGGCGACCGAAUGUGGCGAAAGAACCGAGCCACUGGCUACGGUGCCUGCGUUGGUGUCGAUCUCAACCGAAACUACGCCGCCAACCACGCCGGACCAGGUGCUUCUGACCGACCAUGCUCCGACACCUACCACGGUCCAUCCGCUUUCUCCGAGCCCGAGUCUAAGGCCCAACAGGACGCUAUCCAGCCAUACAUCGAUGACGGCAGCCUCAAGGCCUUCUUGACCUUCCACAGCUACUCUCAGCUCAUCAUCUUCCCCUACUCUUACGACUACACUUCACAGGCCCCCAACAAGGCCGAACUUCAGCAGGUCGGUGACGAGAUGGCCGCUGCUAUCCGAGAAGUGCACCGACAGAGCUACCAGCCCGGCCAGGGAACAGAUAUUCUCUACCCCGCCGCCGGUGGUUCCGACGAUUGGGCUUACGAUGCCAUGCUCAGCGCUGGCAACUCUGGUCCUCUCUCCUACACUAGGGACACAAGAACAAGAUCGAUAAGAGCUUGUUUUGAAAUGAAGCUCGCCUCGACGUUGUUCGGGGUUAUCGCUGCCCAAGAUUACGAGGGUAGCGGACAAGACUAUACUGAUUCUGUCACUGAUUACUCUGAUGAGUCUGAACGUGGCAAAAUCAAGAACCAGUACCAGCCUGUAAGCAGUUACAACAACAACUACCAGCUGUCUUACAACAACGAUGACUACUAUGGUAGAUCAGGUUCCAACCCAACCGCCGUCACCUGCUGGGAAUCUAACAACAUGGGUACCCACGACAGCACCGCUUUCGAUCAGCACAGCCACGAAGGUCUCAGUCCUAAAGCCUCUUCGGACGCUCUUGAGAACAGAGAUGUCUAUGGCUGGCGCAAUAUCCACGCCAACCACAAUACAACCUCAACAGCUCAUAACGCCCACUCGCUCGAUGCAUACGAUCAUCGACUCUCUGGUUGCAUCUACGAGUUAUCAAGCUUCACCUAUGGUUCUGGAACGUACAGCAAGUACUAUGAUAUCACUUUUACCGAGGGAACUCUUUCUCCCGUCUGGUGGCACUAUUUCAAUGCUCACGUACUUCCUGGUGGAACCAAAAAAGCUCACAAAAUCGUCAUGGCCAAUCCCACCUAUGAAGGUCUUGGUUACUUGAACUUUAUUAUCACUUUCAUCGCGAAGACAACUGUCAUUGACGGAUCUCUUGGCACAUACAUCAACACUGACGAGAGUCUUCAUACCGACGCAUUCGCUGCCAACAACCAAAUUUCAAUCUCAGCGGCUACUGGCAGCUGGUAUUCCACAUUUGAAGCCAACUCUGGUAUUGAUGGUGCUGGAACAUGGAACGAAAAUGUUGCCAUCAGUUCGUUCCCUCAUAACGAUCUUGGCAAGGACUUCCGAUUUAACAUCAGAAUCCUUCACAAGAUGGGCGAAGGUGACCAGACGGAAGCAAUUGACUCUUACUACUGGUACAAAGUCAAUGACGUUACCAUUACUUUCCCUGCUGUUGUUGGCUGCCCUUGGGACACCUACGUUGAUGGCUCUACCAAGGGCUCCUUCAGAUGCAUGGACAGCGCUGAUCAGAGUGGCAGAAAGAACGGUCACAUCAGCUGGGUUAGCGUCGAUAAUAACCAUGAGGAUAAUGAGGCGGCAACUUUCCUCGAAAGCUUCCUCGACGGCACUGUAAACAACGCUGUCUGCUCAACUACAUACAGCGAAGACAAAAUGUCUUGUGGAACAAAAUACAAAGUCGCUGGCUUGAUGAACACCUACGACGAGUACGCUCAGCAAGAAUAUGGAACGCACCAAGAAUUCUGGUUCCAAUUCGAGUACUACAUGCCAUCAACAGCCACGAAUGUUGCAUGCGAGCGAAACAAUUAUGGCUGUUACCAGGCGCCAAACAUGCUCUUCAACGCCUUCGAGGUCUCUUCCAUCGACAUCGACUGCAACACAUCAGGUCUCUACAACGGUAACCGAUGCACUGCUAACUCAACAGUCAGUGAGUCUGUCGAGACCUGGUCAUAA